AUGGAUAUUAGAAUUGUUAAGAUUGCCGAAGAUAAAGAUUUUGAAAAGUUGAAACAUUUGUACGAUGAUAAUAAUGAUUGGAGAUUAGAUUAUAAUAAACCUGACUUGUCAGUUUGGACAAAAUCUGUAUCAGGCAUUAGUUUUAGAAUGGUGAAGAUUAGAACACGUUUCCCUGAUGUUCUACCAGAAACGUUAUAUGAUGUAUUACAUGAUCCUGAAUAUAGGAAAGUUUGGGACACUCAUAUGAUCGAAUCGAAAGAUAUAGGAUUUUUUAAUCCAAAUAACGAUAUUGGAUAUAUAGUACGACCGUCUCGAAAUGGCGAUGGUUCUGAAUUGGGAUACGUCUCUCAUACUGAUCCACAUGGAAAAUUACCAGUUUGGUUGGUUAAUAAAGUUACACAAAUAUUUGCUCCAAGAAUGGUUAAAAAGUUACAUAAAGCUUCUGUAGCUUAUCCUAAUUGGAAAUUACUUAAUAAUCCAAAUUAUAAACCAUGGCAUUUUCCUGAACAAAUUGCAUCACCACGUAUAAGAAUUGAGGAUGUAAGUUUCUUCUUAUAACUUUAUCAUAGAACAUUACAGAAAAAAUAUAUUUCACGAUAAAAAAUAAUAAUUAUAGUUUUAAAUAAUAAAUUUGUUUACAGUGUGUAAAAUCUGCAGAAGAAAGAAAUUCAAAAAAUCAUUAUGUCGAUGAAUCAGAAUUAAAAGAGUCAGUUACAAUGGACAGUGAUUAG